GCGGCGCUCCUCCUCUCAGUAUCCAACACAUGCACAAAGAUGGCGUCAAUUAUGGAAGGUCCUCUGAGCAAGUGGACUAACGUCAUGAAGGGCUGGCAGUACCGUUGGUUUGUUUUGGACUACAACGCCGGGCUGCUCUCCUACUACACGUCCAAGGACAAGAUGAUGCGUGGAUCUAGAAGAGGCUGUGUACGGUUACGGGGAGCUGUAAUAGGUAUAGAUGAUGAGGAUGACAGCACAUUUACUAUCACAGUGGACCAGAAGACCUUCCAUUUUCAAGCCCGCGAUGCCGACGAGAGAGAGAAGUGGAUCCAUGCCUUGGAGGGAGCGAUCCUGAGGCACGCCUUCCGGCUGCAGGAGUCAGAGUUGGGCUUCGCUCUCACCGUGGAAGACUUUGACAAGAAGCUGGCGGAGGCUGACGCCUACCUGCAAAUUCUCAUCGAUCAGGCAAAGGUUUUUGAUGAGAAAGUGAAGGACUGCAGAGAAGGUGGAUUGCAUCAGAAAAUUGAAAAUCUUAAGCAAUCAACCUGUGGAAUGAUAGAAUCCAUCAAGCACUGCAUUGUACUACUCCAGAUUGCCAAGAGCAGCAUUAACCCUGUAGAUGGUGUCCAUCCCCUUGGCCCCUUGGAGCUGACGAUGGUCAGCGACGUGCUUGCGCAGGAUGAGGCCCCCACAGGCAACGCCCACGUGGGCCAUGCAGUCGGGCAGCUAUCCUCCUUGGAUAUGGAGGUGGGAAACAUGAAAACGCCCACAGCCAACAUCACAGCCGGGCGUCUUUCCUCAUCUGGCAGCGGCGUGCUGUUGCCGAGCCGCGUGGAACUGCCCCCUAACACGGUGCCUGAGUUCUCCUACUCAAGCAGCGAGGACGAGUUCUACGACGCUGAUGAGUUCCACCAGGCCAACACGCCCCCGGGGAGCCGUGUUGUUGGUGCAGACACAGGUCUACAAAGGCCAAACACCAACGACUCCCUCAAUUCCUCUAUUUCCAGCAGCACCACAGACGCAGAUCAGUUUGACGGCGAAGACGACGGUGACGACGAGGGUGAGGGGGCGUCAAUUGAGGAACACAAGAGCGUCAUUAUGCACCUACUCUCCCAGGUGCGCCUGGGCAUGGACCUCACCAAGGUGGUCCUGCCAACCUUUAUUUUGGAGAGAAGGUCUUUGUUGGAGAUGUAUGCUGAUUUCUUUGCCCAUCCAGACUUGUUUGUUAGCAUCGCAGACCAGACGGAACCAGCUCAGCGCAUGGUUCAGGUCGUCAAGUGGUACCUGUCAGCCUUCCAUGCAGGACGGAGGGGCUCUGUGGCCAAGAAGCCAUACAACCCCAUCCUGGGAGAGAUCUUUCUCUGCCACUGGGAACAGCCUGCGGAGGGAGAGGAGACCACAGCCGGGGAGCUCAUGUCUGACGGCCCAGUGACAUGGUGCGGGAAGAACAGCGUGGCCUUCGUAGCUGAGCAAGUUUCCCACCAUCCCCCUAUAUCAGCUUUCUAUGCGGAGUGCAUCAACAAAAAAAUCCAGUUCAACGCCCACAUCUGGACCAAGUCGAAGUUUCUUGGGAUGUCUGUUGGGGUCCACAAUAUUGGACAAGGCUGUGUGUCCUGCUUGGAGCACGAUGAACACUACAUCCUUACCUUUCCCAAUGGUUACGGCAGUCAUCUUGUCUGCUGCUCCAGGUCCAUCCUGACCGUGCCGUGGGUGGAGCUGGGAGGGGAAUGCAGCAUCUCCUGUUCCAAGACUGGGUACAACGCUAGCAUAAUGUUCCACACAAAGCCUUUCUAUGGAGGUCAGACGCACAGGGUGACGGCCGAUAUCUUUGCUCCUAAUGACAAGAAGUCAUUCUGCUCCAUUGAAGGAGAGUGGAAUGGAAUCAUGUACGCCAAGUGGAUCUCUGGGGAGAAUUCCUUAUUCAUUGACACAAAGAGGAUGGCCAUCAUCAAGAAGAAGGUCAGGAAGCUGGAGGACCAGCUGGAAUAUGAGUCUCGAAACCUCUGGAAGGACGUGACCAAGAACCUGAGGCUGAAGGACAUUGAUGCUGCCACAGCGGCCAAACAUCACCUCGAGGAGAAGCAGAGGGCUGAGGCCCGAGAACGGAGGGAGAAGGAGAUCCAGUGGGAGACGAGGCUCUUCCAUGAGGAUGGUGAGUGUUGGGUGUAUGAUGAGCCACUACUGAAACGGAUGGCCAUGUUGAAGCACUGACAACCAGUGGUGGGGACAGAGCGGGAACAGAGAGCGGAAGACCGAGGGAGCGGAAGACAAAACCAAGGAUCAUCUCAGAAUCCCCUUCCCAUGGCAGCCAACGGACAGGAGAUUGGCAUCUUCUGAGGGCUUCCUGCAGACCCCUCCCAUAGUCCACAGAAAAUAUAGAUGUGGCCUGUCCUCACUGUCAUACACUACCAUGUACUUCGGGACCAGGUCAGCUAUUAGUGUGGGGGGUGGGGGGGUGGGGGGGCUGUGCUGUUCGCUCUGUAUCUCAGGGAUAGCGGUGACCAACCAACGGUCAUGGACACUGCCUCUGUAGCUACCCUCGCUGGCCCAAAGAGGCAGCUGCCUAGCUCGCCUUUAGCAACUGUUAUGUAAUUCUUCCCUCCUUCUUUGCGAUAAUCAAUGAGUGAAUGGCUGCGAGCAUCGCUUACCCACAAUGCUCAGCGUGUUACUGUUAUCAUUUUGCACAUCGAUAUCGAGGCAGGACAGUUAGGAAAAUGACACAUUUACCAAGACACUGUGAGAUGGAUACUGUUUUAACAAGUGGUAAAUGGUUAUUAAACGCCUUGUUUUGUUCGUUUCUACAGCUGGCAAUAACUUGUCAGUGCAGAAAAAGCUAUUUUCCUUUGUUUGGGUGGAAUGGAAUUAGGAGUCCCUUGAUCAGGCCUAUGCAGUUUCAGACAUGAAGUCCCAUGCGCACAACGUGAACUGACAAUCACCUUAAAAGCCGACAGGUCUCACUACUCUUCUACCUUAAUGGUUCCAAGGGGAAAUGUAUUGAGAAAAUUAUAUCCUGUCUGAGGGUAUGGGUGCCAUGUGCUGCUUUCUUAAGGCUGAUUUAUACUGCUGUGUAGAAUCUACGCCAUAGGUAGCUGUGAAGCCAUGUACCCUCCGUUAUAGCAUGACCCCUGUAGUUACAUUUCUGGGAAGGUGCAAGUAGGGUAUACAGCGUAGGGUAUACAGCGUAGGGUAUACGGCUAUGCAGCUACUUAUGGUGUACAUACUAUGCAAAAGCAUAAGCCUUUGUGUCCUGUCAGGAGAUUCAUGGUGAUUAAAGAUAAAGGUGAGUUAAGGAGAAACAUUUUUAUAACAUGGAGCCCAACUCAGAAAUAGCCUACUGUGGAACCUCAGUCUGUUUUUUCCCCCUAACAGCAAAGGUGGAUUUACCUCUUCUCCUGAAGCACUUUGCAAUGACUAUAGCAAUUUUAUUUAUUCUGUUUUUGUACAUGAUAUUGAUAGAGGCCUUGCAACAGUUUAUGUGUGAGAAAAACUGCCUUUAUUUUGCUCCAGUUAUACAUCACAAUGUUUUGGGUGACCGUAUUGUCAUGUUUACUGAUGCAGACAAUUAAAUCUUCCACUGGGU